AAACGCUGAUUCCUUUGUUGCGUUUGGUUUGCAGCCUCUGAAACAGAAUAACAAACCGUUCGGGUGAAAUCACCCUCUUUUCUUUCAUUAAUACCGCUUCUCUCCCUAAUUGCGUGGCCACUUCAUGCCACUCAAGAAAUUAUUCAAAACCCAGCUCAAAUCCAUGGCUUCAUUUCAAUAAAACCCCUUUCUCCAAAGAAAAUCUGUUGCCUAUGCGUUCUUCUAUGGGCUUGGGGAGGCUCACAAUCAGCAAACCCAUCUAUGUCUACACACCCGUUACUCGUCCCUUAACCUGCGUUACAUCCACUGCCCACCGCAGCCUCCAAACUCAACAGGACCUCCAACAGCUGCCAUUGAAGCAACUGGCGUGUUCUAAUCCGAAUUUGGUAAAGUUGGUAUCUUCUAUUCUCUCAAAACGAUCUCUUGAUUCUUCCAGAUGCAGACAGCUCUUACCCGGGCUGUCUCCUUAUGAAUUUGAUCGCCUUCUAUUAGAUACUCGAUCCAAUGUGAACCCCAAAACGGCUUUGAAUUUCUUUUACUUUGCAUCAAAGUCGUUCAAUUUUCAAUUCACGGUUCGAUCUUAUUGCGUUUCGAUACGUUUGCUUCUUGUUUCCAAUCUUUUAGCUCCAGCAAGGUUGCUUUUGGUUCGUUUGAUUGAUGGGAUGAUGCCAGUUUUUUCUGUGAAUAGUCCUAGCGUUAGACAUGUGGACAUUGCUAUAAUGAUGGCAGAUUUAAACACAACUUUUGAACCAGGUCAUGCUGUCGAUGUGUUUCUGUUGCUGGCAAAGAAGGGUAUCUUUCCUUCUUUGAAGACUUGCAACUUUUUGCUGAGUGCUUUAGUGAGGGCUAAUGAAUUGCAGAAGAGUUAUGAAGAUGCAUUUAGAUUGUUUUCUGAGAUGGAAAAAUUGAAUCUAGCUCCAAAUGUUGUUACUUACAACAGUAUCAUUAAUGGAUUAUGCAAGAGUGGGAGGUUGGGUGAGGCAUUUCAACUUAAAGACAAGAUGACAAGUGAGGGUGUGAAACCAAAUGUUAUAACAUACAGUGUUCUUAUAAAUGGUUUGAUUAAGUUGAAUAAAUUAGAUGAAGCAAAUUUUGUUUUGGAAGAAAUGUCUGAUAGAGGGCUUGUUCCAAAUGAGGUUGUAUACAAUACAUUAAUUGAUGGCUAUUGUAAAUUGGGAAAGAUUAAUGAGGCACAAAAGAUUAGGACUCACAUGUCAUCAAAAGGUUUCAGUCCAAAUUCUGUGACAUUUAAUUCACUUAUACUGGGUUUCUGCAGGAGUGGUCAAAUGGAGCAUGCUGAGCAUUUGUUAGAAGAAAUGCUAUCAAGAGGAUUAUCCAUGAAUGAAGGUGCAUAUGCAUCAGUAAUUUACUUGUUAUGCAAGGAGUCUAGGUUUACCUCUGCACUACGUUUCAUUGGGGAAAUGCUAUUUAGAAAUUUAAGGCCCAAGGAUGACUUGCUGACUAAGUUGGUCAGUGGACUUUGUAAGGAAGGGAAGCAUUCAGAGGCAACUGAGCUUUGGUUUAAGCUCUCAGAAAAAGGGUUUGUACCCAACACUAUGACUUCAAAUGCUUUAAUUCAUGGCUUGUGUGAGGCAGGUAACAUGCAAGAAGCUGUAAGGGUUCUAAAAGAGAUGAUAAACAGGGGCUUGGAAUUGGACAGGAUCUCAUAUAAUGCACUGAUUUGGGGAUGUUGCAAAGAAGGUAAAACAGAAGAAGGUUUUAAGCUCAAAGAAGAGAUGAUAAAGCAAGGAAUUCAUCCUGACAUAUAUACUUACAAUUUGCUACUUCUUGGACUCUGUAAUGUGGGUAAAGUGGAAGAAGCUGUUAAGCUUAGGGAUGAGUGCACUAGAAAUGGUAUUGUUUCUAGUAUUCAUACGUAUGGGAUCAUUAUUGCUGGAUACUGUAAAGCUGACAAGAUUGAAGAGGCUCAGAAUCUGUUUGAUGAGUUGGUUAGUGAAGAAGUGGAGGUAAACACUGUUCUCUAUAAUACAAUGAUCAGAGCUUACACUAAAAAUGACAAUAUUAUGGCAGCUUUUAAGCUUCGUGAUGACAUGAAAAGAAAGGGCAUACAACCAACAAUUUCCACAUAUUCUUCUCUAAUACAUGGCAUGUGCAACACAGGCCUAGUUGAGGAUGCCAAGCGACUUCUCAAGGAAAUGAGGGUGGAGGGCUUAUAUCCCAAUGUUGUCUGUUAUACAGCACUCAUUGGUGGUUGUUGUAGGUUAGGCCAAAUGGACAUGGUAGGGAAGAUCUUGCAGGAAAUGUCUUCAUAUAAUGUGCAGCCAAACAAAAUAACCUAUACAGUUAUGAUUGAUGGGUAUUGUAAAUUAGGUACUAUGGAACAAGCAGCUAAGCUUCUGAAUGAGAUGAAAGAGAAUGGUUUGGUACCUGAUUCUGUUACUUAUAAUGUCUUUAUGAAUGGGUUAUGCAAGGAAGGGAGGGUGGAAGAUGCUUUUAAAGUAUGUGAUCGUAUGUCUUGUGAAGGAAUAAAUGAAGAUGAGAUUACAUAUACUAUAUUGAUUCACGGGUGGAGUCAGCUGUCAGCAGUCACAAAUCAAGAAUGAAAGGAGCUUUUGAAUGGAAAGCUUAUUUGAUCACUGGUGAGCACCGGACAGCAGUUGUUUGUUGUCAUUUCUCAAACUUGAUAGUGGUUAUUGAACUGCAGCGGGAUAUUUCUUAUUCUAAGAAUGUACCAUCUCUGUCUGCACUCUGCAGAUUGCUGUCACUACGUUCUGGUCAGCUGCCCAUAGACAGUGGACUAUAUUGGCACAUAUAUUGCUUGCAGCAUCAUUCUUGGACUAGGUUUAAGGACUAUAUAUGUUCGUGGUCGCCUUUGUUAAAAUCACAGAAGUAACGAUGGAAGAGCGGUUUGGUAUAUAUACCUCUUGCAAGUGCAAAAAUGAAACUGAUGGUGCCAGAUUGUUCAAGGCUUCAAUGUGAUCAAAUGCCAGAAACUCAUUUGACUAUCCUGUUAAAGAUGCAAGUUUUUAAAGUUAUGAUGCCAGAGAAACAGUACCAUUUCACCUGUUUAGAUGGAUUGGCUGAAGAUUUUUUGUGGGUCAAGGCUCAUUAACGUCAUCUACUAAUAAACACUCAAAGAAGAUAAUCCAGCAAAACAAAUGAAAAGAACAGGAGACAUCUUGUUUGUAUACGGAAAAUAUCAAAACUCGUGGUCGAGAAUUCGAGUUGAAGAUGUCAUGUUCGUGUUUGAGAUUAUACAUAAUGACUAAAGAAAUUGGAGGAAUACUGUUCUAUUGUAUAGCGUACCAAAAAGAAAAUUCAAUUCCAAAAUUAUGUAAAAUUUGGCCUAUAAACUAUAAAAUAAAAAACAGCCCUUAGCAUAAGGCCUUAUAGCUUAGUUAGUAGGCGUACUUAAUAUUUUGAUAGGU